AGAUGAUUUUGACCCCACAUAUUUGCGAAAGGGCAACAUGAUCCCCGUUUUACUAUCACUUGGUCCUCGUGACGAGCACCCCAUGCACAUGAUUUUGCCCCCUUUCCUUCGAACCAUCAAUGUCAUCGGAUGAGAUCAUAUUGGAUUUUACAUAAUCAUGAAAAAGUUUUGCUCUUUUUUUGACAUAUAAAACUCAAAAAAAAAAGAGGAGGGCAGAAUCUUAUCGGAGCUGUUAUAUUGGAUUAGAUUACGGGCCGUGUCUCCGUUGGGUCUAAGAUGCCGUAAACUCCACAUAUGAUUUGAUUUCUCAUCCUAUCCCAUAGCCCAGUCUCUGAUAUGUUGUCCUACAGGAUUAGAGCUUUCCAUCCUAUCUUGAUUGCAGUCCAAACCAUCAUUCUGUCUGCCUGUCCGUCCAGCCCUAGUCGUUCAGACAUCCUGUCUGUCUUGCUCAUGAUGCAAGCCACCAUUCUGUCCAGCCCUAGCUAUGAUGCAGCCAACAAGAAUCACAUCACAGCAGGCGACUUUGGAUAUAGUCCUUGUAAAUUUAGCAAUUCCCCACGCAUCCAAUGAUCGACGAUCAAUGACUACUGCAGAGAAAUCACUAGCAAUAGAUAUCAAAGGCUUAAAUAGUUAGGUCAGUCGAUUUUGAUUUUGCCGGGAGAAUCAUCACACACUCAAAAAAAGGGGGUUUUUGAAAAAAUUAGGUCUAAACUAGGGUUCUUGUAAAAAUAAGGCAUACAAAAGAUUUUGAUGUUAAUCCCUAAUACUUUGCCAACUUGUUCCUCAUAACCCUCUCUCUCCAAAUAUAGAAAACCUGUGCUGUAACAGCACAUGACCCCUAAAAGACUUUCUAACAAUUGGCAUAUGCAAGCAAAUUCUCUAAAAACAAUGACCAAACAUGGAAACAAAGAUUCAAUCUUUGUGCCAAGAAAUAAACCAGAAUAAAAAAAACAAUGGUCAAUACCUCCUCCUACAAUUUCGGUGAUUGCCAACAGUGUUCUUCUCCCUUCAAUUCCCCCCUCCUCCAUGCAUCGUCUCCUCCUUGGGGGAUGAUGAUCUGAUAGCUAAAUUCUUCUUUCAUCCUCUCAAACUAAACCAAAAACAGAUAAAUAAAUCGUCAAAUGUGAAUAAUCUUCCCUCUCUCCGCCCACGAAAAUGUCGAUGUUUCCAUCAUUUCAAUUGCUGGAGCUCAACAUUAUCUCCGCUCAAGACUUGGCUCCGGUGUCACGUAAAAUGAAGACCUACGCGAUCGCUUGGGUUAACUCCGAACGCAGACUCGCCACCCGCGUUGACUACUCCGGCGGCUCAAACCCCACCUGGAACGACAAAUUCGUCUUUCGGGUCAACGAGGAGUUCCUCUAUGCCGAUACCUCAGCUGUCAUGAUCGAAAUUUAUGCUCUGCAUUGGUUCCGUGACGUUCACGUAGGAACGGUCCGUGUCCUGAUCAGUAAUCUUAUCCCGCCUAGUCGGCGGCCUGGCUACCGCACCGGCAACAACGAGUAUCGCCGCUCGACACCACCUCCAGGAAUGCGGUUUGUUGCGCUUCAGGUCCGGCGAACCUCCGGACGGCCUCAGGGGAUUCUGAACAUUGGAGUUGGGUUGCUUGAUGGUUCAAUGCGUAGCAUGCCGCUUUACACACACAUGGAUUCAUCGGCCGUGGGUUAUAGGGAUUUGCUCGGAGAAGAGGAUCCACAUUUGCAGCAUCUGCAUCUCAAUAGCCACAAAGGGAGCUCAAAGAACCCUCAAUCACCGGCUUCGAGACAGUACCAGUCGGUGGUAUCGAAGCCGGAGCUCCGGCGAACGAAGAGCGACACGAGUUCCAUGGUCGUCUCAGAUCUCCUCAGUAGAGCCGAAAGGAGCCGUGCGGCGAACAAGAAGCCGGCGAGCACCUUGGCGAGCAGCAACUCAGAAACUGUACCCACGACAUCGGAACACGAUACAACUUCCUCGUCGAACACCGAAGCCAUGAAAUCUAUCAAAGAUCCGUCGUCGAGCAAAACGCCCAAAACCCCGAGGAAGAGAUACCACUCGAUCGAUUUAGACGUUAUAGAUCCACCGAUGAGGGAAGACCUAUAUCUGGGGCCGCCGAGAAAGGAGAAACCAAAUGUGACGCCGCAUGGAUCGUAUAAUCCAUCUCGCAAAACGCCCGGAAGAACGCCGAUGCGCGAGAAACAUAGACCGGCCAAGGAUUACGGUCGCAGCGGCGCGUCGCCGUACUUGUCGAGGAACGGGACGCCGUUGAGAUCGAACAUCGUCGAAUCAACUCCGAUCAGAUCUAAUAUGGUCGGUUCCACUCCAAUGCGAUCGAUCGGUGUUGGAUCGACUCCGAUGCGGUCGAAUAUCGUCGCAUCGACUCCGAUGCGGUCCAAUAUCGUCGGAUCGACUCCGUUACGAUCAACCUACAUGGCAACACCGAUGAAAUCCAACUUCGGCACACCAAUGAGGCCUAAUAUGGCCAGACGACCGAUAUUAACAGAGUCGGAGUUAGGUCCGUCGCCAUCGGAGGUGAUGGAGAAGAUGGAGAAGGAGAGAUCUAACCCAAACGACACCGAGAGCUCGAUCCUCAGCGAAUGGAGCAUUGAAGACGGUAGCAUCGAAGGUCUGCGGUCGAAACUCGAGCGAUGGCGGACGGAGUUGCCGCCAUUGUACGACCUCGGGUCAAGCCACUUGAGCAGCGAAAUGGACGAAGCCGCCGGGGGAAAAAGCUCCCGGAGAAAGACUCCGGCGAUGAAGACGCACAGUCGCCGUCACACCGACGGAGGAAACGGACUGUUCUCGUGCUUCAGCAACAUCUGCGGUGUGGAGUGUACCUUCGCGUGCGGCGGGUCGGAUCCUGACGGGUCGAAGAAGAAAAAGGGCGCGAGUGGGCGCGUGCACCGCACCGCCUCCUCUGACAAUUUGAGCUAUUUGUGAUUUCAUAUUUUAUUUUUUGGACAUGAACUAUAUUUUCUAAAGAAAAUAUUUCGAGAAACAUAUGAAAAGAUUACGAGAGAAGACGCAAUUGUGGAUCCUGAAAAUA